AUGGAGGGCACUUCAUUUCUUUUCGGCACACUGACGCCUUUGCAUAACUUGACCUCGAUUAGGGAUCUCAAAUGCUAUUUCGACCAGAAUCCAGGCGCGGAGUGGAUGCUUGCUACAGUUGCCGAGCUUCCCGACUACUGGGACCUUUUAGUCAAGAAACUACCAUCCGUCAAUGGCUCGUUCCAAGGCCGGCAGGUGCUGGACCACUUCCACCGUUGGCUUCGAGAAGGAUUCAAUGCGGACGAAAGUUCACCUCCACUGGGAAAUAUCCUUCUGCUACCUAUUGUGGUGAUGAUUGGCUUGAUUGAGUAUUGGCGUUUUGUUGAAGAGAAGAACCCAGGAUGUGAUGAUCCACUCCAAGAGUUUAUUGCUCAUCUUCAAGAAAGCGAAAUGUGUGAUUCCGAGGCCAUUGGUCUAUGUGCAGGGCAAUUGACCGCAUAUGCAGUUGCCAGCAGUCGCACUCGUUCCGAGUUUGAACGUUAUGGCUCCGUUUCAAUUCGCUUAGCAAUGAUGAUCGGGGCAGCGACGGACGCGUUGGACGCUCGCCACGGGAAGGCGAAAUCUUAUGUGGCAGCGUGGCGUAAUCCCGAGCAAAGUGAGCAGAUGAAACGGGCCAUCAGCCUAGUAUACCCGCAAGCAUACAUUUCGGUUUGGCUGGAUGAAAGACGAGUGACCGUCACCACAACUGCCCAAUGGAUUCGGUCCAGUCUUCUCCGUCAAUUUCAGGGAGCGGGUCUGACAGUCGCGGAGUCGAACAUCCAAGGGCCCAUUCACUCUCCGAGUAGUGAGAACAGAGACAUCGCCCGGGCAAUUUGUGAAAUUUGCCAAGUUACGCCUACUUUACACCUAGGGGAUAUCUCAAACCUCGCUCUUCGUACCUAUACUAACGACGGUCAUGGGAUUCCACUUGACAAGGGUAGUCUGCACGAGCUAGCUGUGCAGAGCACACUGGUUGCAGAGUGUAAUUGGUAUGGAACCUUUGCAUCGCUGCCUCUGUCUCAUAAGAACUCGUCUCAAGGGGUCGUCGCCUUCGGCCCUGACCGGUGUGUCCCUCAAUCUUUGACAACAUCCCUGGGUGGAAGAUUCUGCCAUGUCUCGCGCUUGGGCCAACACGAUGGUCUUCCAAAUGGUAUCAAUACAUCAACACCUUCUGAUGCCUCUACCCCUGCUGCUGUUACCCCAGUGCCAACUACACCUGCGUCUCCUACCUUUGCUCUACCUGCCUCCCACACCCCAACGCAACAAAGAGAGCAUGUCCAAAACACGUCCACGACGCAAGCCCCAGCAGCAAGGUUGCAAAAGGCUGAACACGAGAUUGGAGGCAACCAGUACCAACACGUUGAGCCCUCACUCUCGACCAGAAGUACGAUUGCUAUAGUGGGCAUGUCCAUCAAAACAGCUGGGGCAGAUGAUGUAGACGAGUUCUCGCGCAUGAUCCAAACUGGUGCCUCCCAACACGAGCUUGUUGGAUCCGAUCGCGUCAAAUUCCAUACACUUUGGCGUGAGGGUGACUGGGAUCCAUCCUACAAAUGGUAUGCUAACUGGAUGCGAAAUGUCGACCACUUUGACCACCAGUUCUUCAAAAAAAGUCCGCGAGAAGCCGCCAACAUGGAUCCAGCGCAAAGGCUCUCCUUGCAGGCUGCGUACCAAGCUGUUGAAAGCUCUGGCUACUAUUGUCGUGACGAAAACCCCGCUGCAGAAAGGGAUCGGGAUGAGGUUGAUGAGAAUCAUGUUGGCGUAUAUUUGGGAUUAACAUUGGAUGACUACCAAAAUCACGUUAGAUCCCAUCGUGCUAAUGCCUUUUCUAUCACGGGAACUAUGCGCAGUCUCAUUGCCGGCAAGAUAGCCCAUCAUUUUGGCUGGACAGGCCCAGCAAUGACACUCGAUACCGCGUGCUCCUCCUCUGCUGUUGCCAUUCAUACAGCCUGCCGGGCCAUUUUGGCUGGUGACUGCAACGCUGCCCUCGCCGGCGGGGUCAACGUCAUUACUGAUCCCCUUGCCUUCCAAGAUUUAGCUGCUGCCGGCUUUCUCAGUCCCUCAGGGCAAUGCAAACCAUUUGACGACCGUGCCGAUGGGUACUGCCGAGGAGAGGCGGUGGGCUUUGUCUUUUUGAAACGACUAUCUGAUGCCUUGGCAGAUGGCAAUCAGAUACUUGGAUGCAUUGCUAACUCAGCUGUUUAUCAGAAUGAGAACCACACCCCCAUUUUCGUUCCCAAUUCACCUUCUUUAUAUAACCUGUUUAAUUCUGUUAUGAAGAAAUCCCAGGUGGAUCCAGCAGAUAUAUCAGUCGUGGAAUGCCACGGGACAGGUACGCCAGUGGGAGAUCCUGCUGAAUGGGAAAGCGUUCGCCAAGCCCUGGAAGGGCCUCAAAGGCCUGAGCCAGUGUAUGUCGGGUCUGCAAAAGGCCAUAUAGGCCACACAGAGGGCGCCUCUGGUUUAGUGGCGCUUAUAAAAGUGUUGACGACGAUGCAAAGCGGAUAUAUCCCACCUCAGGCAAGUCAUUCGAGGCUGAAUCAUCUUAUACCACCGACCACCACGAUGCAGAUUGCGACGACUCAACAGCCCUGGCGAGCUACACGCAAGGCAGCUUUGAUCAAUAACUACGGCGCCAGUGGAUGCAAUGUGGCAAUGGUUGUCGCCGAGUCCCCACUGUCCCAGCCCGAACGUGGCCAGAGUAUUUCAGGAGAGUUAUUGAAUGUUCCCUUCUGCAUUUCCGGGCGCACGAUAAACACAGUCAAGGCCAAUUGCGCACGGCUUCUCAAUUACCUUGCCAUUCACACUGGUGUUAGCCUGGUUGACCUUUCAUUCAACAUCAACCGGCAAUCCAGUCGUCUACUGCCUUACAGAUUCUCAUUCAAAUGCGGUUCUCCUGAUGACUUGAAGAUGUCUCUAUCGCAAAUCUUGGCGCUGUCUCCUGGGCCAGAGGCGGAUACGAUGAUUACUGCCUGCCACCCCGAGCGGCAGGUUAUUCUGUGUUUUGGUGGCCAGGUAUCAAGAGCCAUUGGACUAGAUCGUAACCUAUACGAUCGUACAAAGAUCCUACGAUAUCAUCUGGACGAAUGCGACCGCGCAGUUCAGUCACUAGGGGCACAAAGUAUCUUCCCUGAUAUUUUCUCCCAUGACGCAGUGAAAGAUCAGCAACACUUGCAAACAAUGCUUUUUGCAAUGCAAUAUUCCUGCGCAAUGUCAUGGUUGCAAUCUGGGCUGUCGAAGCGAGUCGCUGCUAUUGUUGGCCACAGCUUCGGGGAAAUUACUGCCAUGUGUAUAUCAGGCGUCCUUUCUCUGCAAGAUACUGUGAGGCUGGUGGUUGGAAGAGCACAGUUGGUCCGGGACUCGUGGGGAUCUGACCCUGGUGCUAUGAUUGCGGUUGAAGCGGAAGAAACUGCUGUGCAGGCACUGUUGUCUGAGGCCAACCAGGUGUACGCUGGCUCCCAUCCGGCAAGCAUUGCUUGCUACAACGGUCCUCGAAGUUUCACAUUGGCAGGUUCUCAAGAGGUCAUUAGUAUAGUGACUGAUAUUCUGUCCCGAACAUCUCCUACUAUUCGAAGUAAGACAUUGCGAGUGACCAACGCAUUUCACUCAAGUCUUGUCGACUCAAUUGCCUCGGGCCUGAAAGUGGUGGGAGAAAGUCUUGCUUUCCAGAAGCCAAAGAUUCCUCUUGAGCGAACGACGGAGACAAGAUCAUCCGCCGAGCUUCUAGGGCCCGAGUAUGUGGCUGACCAGAUGAGACAACCAGUCUUCUUUCACCAUGCUGUGCAACGCAUUGCGCAGGGCCACCCCGGCUGUGUUUGGUUAGAAGCAGGCUCUAGCUCUACAAUCACUGUCAUGGCUCAGCGAGCGUUGGACGCCUCUCAACGAACGUCUUGCCAUUUCCAAGCUUUAAAUAUCGAUGAUCCUGAUGCUUUCAACAAUCUCGCCGACGCAACAGUAUCUCUAUGGAAAGAGGGGCUGUCCUUAUCGUUCUGGCCACACAACGCCAUUCAAACAGCUGGAUACGCUACCAUCGUUUUGCCUCCAUACCAGUUUGAAAGAGAAAAGCAUUGGGUGGAACUCAGAUCUCCAGUUGAACUUAUUGAAAAAAUUAAGGAAUCUGUCCGGGCAGAGAGGGCUACACCAGCUUUGGAUCCUACAUUUGUUCCGAACAGCAAGUGGCUGUUUACCGGAUAUAAGGACCCGCACGUCCAUGGCAAGAGGCAGCCUUGUUUCAAUAUCAUCACGACAUCCAAAGAAUACCAAUCAUUAAUAUCCAGUCAUAUUGUGGCGCAAACUGCUGGAAUCUGUUCAGGCAUGUUGCAGGCUGAUUUGGCUAUCGGUGCGCUAUUCAGUCUGCACCCGGACUGGGCUACCAAAGGAAUUGCCGCCACGCUACAUGACGCGACCAACCACGCGCCAAUCUGUCUGGAUUCUUCACGUAUCCUGACUAUCGAAUUCGAAGAUCGAGAGAAUGGAUUUUGGGACUGGAAAAUUGUUGGUUCAUCGCAGGGUGCGCCUCGCGUUGUCCACACUACCGGCCGCCUGCAAAUGCGAGACCCCAAGGACGUUGCAUACCAGGCGGAAUUCCGACGGCUCAGUCGGAUGGUGGAUCAUGAAAGGUGCUUGGCUGUUCUGAACGCUCGACCAAGUGACGAUGACGUGGAAAUAUUACAAGGACGUAGUAUCUACCGGGCGUUUAACGACAUCGUUGACUUUGGAGAGCAGUACCACAGUCUGCGCUGGCUGGUCGGUCGGGGUAACGAAAGUGCAGGUCGCUUUUCUAAGACGCCGAAAAAUGGUGCCUGGUUUGACCAACUUCGAGGCGAGCAUAUCAGCCAGGUUGGCGGGAUUUGGGUCAAUUGCAUGAGUGAUCACAGCCGAGAUGACAUUUUCUUAGGAGCAGAGAUCGAGACCUAUAUGGUUUCUCCCAGCUGGGCAAACCGGCCACUACCUGACCAAUGUGAUGUUCUGGCGCGCCAUCUCAAGGAGAAAAAUACAGGUGAUUAUACAACUGAUAGCUUUGUGUUUGACCCUGUCAGUGGAGACUUGGUUCAGGUCUUGCUGGGAGUGAGAUUCACCCGAACACCCAGGGCCUCUUUCGUCCGGGCCUUGCAACGCAUGACACCAAAUCUGCUAACUGGGAAUAUCAACUUGGUUUCACCCACAAUUCUGCAACCCAUUUCUAUGCCCGCCCCGAGUGUUGUGGCCGUGAAUGAAGCUCCAAAGACAGCAUCCCCAAAGACAAAGAGUCAGGAGACACCGGCGCGGGAUCUACUCGCCGAGAUGACCGAGCUCGUCGCCAACAUAGUCGGCGUGGAGGUGGCCGAAAUUGGCCUAGAUGCAAACCUCGUUGACUUUGGUGUCGACUCCCUGCUUGGACUCGAACUACAAAGUGAAAUUAAGACCGUCUUUUCCUGCGCGCCAGACGUAGCCGCAAUACUUGAAGCCACUACAAUACGUGACCUGGUAGGAUGCCUUCCCAUCUGUGGGGAUAUACCGCAGCAGGAGACUGUUAACAAUGAUGAAUCAACGGAACACUUCCCUGUCGACCUCUCUUCCUUUUCACAGGCUUCAGACCCGUAUCUGAGUACCCCAUCUGAGUCCAGUGCCUCAAGUUCAUUCAUCCCCGUGGACUUGUUGUGGAGGGCGUCGGACAUCUUGGAGUCUUUCUCUGCCGUAAAGGCUCGUGGCGACCAGAUGAUCCUUGAACACAGCCUAGGUAAUUUCGAAAGCGAUGUCGUUCCAGAUACUAAUCAGAUGUGCACCGCACUUGUCGUGGAAUGUUUUGAGGAGCUCGGGUGUCCACUACGGAGCGCAAAGCCUGGUGCUGUCUUGGGCCGCAUACCUUUCAAGCCCCAACACACGAUCUUCGUGAACUACAUUUACCAGUUCCUUGAGAAAACUGCGCAACUUGUCAGAGUCGAUGAAACCGGGCGGCUCACACGUACGGAAACACCCACUCCCACCGUAAGCAGUAAAGACCUGCUGCCUAAGUUGCUUGAGAAAUACCCCGAUCAUGCCGACUUUACACAAUUGACAUAUCACGCUGGAAUUCAGCUAGCCAGCGCAUUAUCGGGGCUCACAGAUGGCAAUCGGGUGCUGAUGAGCAAUCCCGAGGGCCGUAAACUCUGUGAAUCUGUAUAUCACAACUACCCGCUUAACCGAAUUGGAUUCGAAACAAUUCGCGAUGUCAUCACCCAAGCGAUUAAACACAUUCACAGUGAGAAGACUCCUUUGAAGGUUCUUGAAUUGGGAGCGGGAACUGGAAGCCUAACUAGCGUAUUGUUACCACUUCUUGCCUCGUUAAACAUUCCCGUUGAAUACACUUUCACGGAUCUAUCCUCCUCGCUCGUGGCACAGGCGCGUCGCACACUUGGAAAGAAAUACCCAUUCAUGAGAUUUGCCAUCCAAGACAUCGAAAAGCCACCAAGCAAGGAGAUAGCAGGGCAACAGCACAUUAUCGUCGCCAGCAAUGCCGUCCACGCCACGCGAAGCUUGGAGGACUCGACAAGAAACAUUCGACAGGCACUGCGACCAGAUGGCUUCCUUAUGGUGCUUGAGAUGCGAGAAGCAUGGCCUGCACUUGAUCUUACUUUUGGUCUGUAUGAGGGCUGGUGGCUUUUCGAAGAUGGACGUACCCACGUCUAUACCUCACCCGAGGCCUGGAAGCGCAGCUUGACAGCUGCUGGAUAUGAAGCUAUUGACUGGACCGAAGGGAAUCUCCCGGAGCACAAAUAUUACAUGGUCGUUAUAGCUCUGGCAUCUGGAUUGUAG